UGUUCUCUCAUUUUCAUCUCACGGGACUUACCGCUUGUCACCCUUGGGCUUGUCAAUCUUGCAAUUCCUUCUGAUCAUCUUCUCCAAUUUUUUUCCUCAACCAGCGCCUCUGCCCUCUCAGAUCUGUAUGAUUUCUUUCUCAUUUUCUUCCUCUCAGAUCGACUUAUACAUUUUCAUUUCCAUUUCCUUCCGAACCCAGAAAACAACGACCACGCACCAUUUCUUUUUCAUUCUUGAACCAAGUGCCAGUAUAAGUCAAACGAUUUUGUUUUCAUUCCAACGUAAUUCUCAGUAACCAAACAGAUGUAGAAUGCCAUCCACAUACACAAAGAAAUGCAGACAAGUUUGUGAGUUUGUAGAAGAUUUUUUAAGGGAGAGAAGAUAAGCAAACAUGGCCGACAGUGUUGUCGCUUUCCUCCUAGGAUACUUGCCCAAUCUACUCAUAGACGAAGCAAAUUUCCUUGCUGGAGUGGAGGAUAGAGUCAAAUCACUUAUUAGGGAGCUCAGAAUGAUAAAUAUCUUCCUGAAGAACUCAUUGGGAAAACGGAACGAUGAAAUGGUGAAGGAGGUAGUCGGACAAAUCAGGGAGGCGGCUUACGAGGCUGAAGAUGUUAUCGACAAAUUCAUCCUAGAGGUCACAGAAUACAGGAAGAGGAGCACGAUAGGGAGGAUGCUUGAUAUCCCUUCUCACGCAAAGAGGAUUCGAAAUGUUGGAACGAAGAUAGUAGGCAUCAAUGAUACAAUCAGCCAGAUCUUCAACAAUAGAGAAAGGUACGGCAUUGAAGGAGCUGAAGCUAGUGUUGAUGCGGAGGAUGAAACAUUGCACAGACAUAGGAGACAAGUCGAGGAAGAUGACGUGGUGGGCUUCGUUGAUGACUCAGCGAUAUUGGUGAAGCAACUUACUCAUGGGGAUCGCAAGCUUGAUGUCAUUUCAAUAAUCGGUAUGGGUGGGCUAGGCAAGACCACUCUCGCCAAGAAAGUCUAUAAUAAUAAAAUUGGCGUCAUGAGUCACUUUAACUGCCGUGCAUGGGUAUAUGCAUCUCAAGAUUUCAGAGCUAGAGAUUUGUUGCUUCAAAUUUUAAAGCAGAUGCAAAUACCAGAUGGGUUGAGAAGGAAACUUGAAGGCAUGAGUGAGGAUGAAUUAAUAAAGGAGUUGUUCGAAUACUUGAAAGAAGAGAGGUACCUAAUAGUCAUGGACGAUAUUUGGACAACUGAGGAUUGGGAUAAGAUAAGAAAUGCAUUUCCUGAUAACUCCAAGGGAAGCAGAAUAUUGAUUACCAGUCGUAUAAAAAAAGUGGCAUUGCAUGUAAGCCAUACUCUUCCUUACGAUCUCCCAUUUCUUAACGAAGAGGACAGUUGGGAACUUUUUAAGAAAAGGGUGUUUCGAGGGAAAACAUGUCCUGUGGAAUUAGAAAUUCCGGGAAGACAAAUCGCAAAAGGUUGUCGAGGUUUACCCCUUUCAAUUGUAGUAUUAGCUGGCAUUUUAACAAACAAGGAGAAGUCAUUCCACAUAUGGUCGAAAUAUGUUGGUCAUGUAACAACUUUCCUUGCUCGUGAUGAUGAUAUAUGUCCAAAAAUACUAUUCUUGAGCUACACUGAUCUACCCAUGUUCUUGAAACCAUGCUUUUUGUAUUUUGGUAUAUUUCCAGAAGACAUUGAGAUCCCAGUAAGGCGAUUAAUGCAUCUGUGGGUAGCGGAGGGCUUCAUACAACACAAUGACGAUCGAAACAUCGAGGAUGUUGCUGAAGGCUACUUGGAGGAGCUCGUAGAUCGAAGUUUGAUCCAAGUGGCUAGUAGGAGAAUAGACAGAGGAAUAAAGACAUGCCGUAUCCAUGAUCUUCUGCGAGACCUCUGCAUAAAAGAAAGUGCGGAAGAGAAGUUUCUGGAGGUUCAAUCACGUAACAAUUUCUCCACAAACAAUUCCCGUAGACUAUCCAUCCUUGGUACUGAUGGCAGUAGUACUCGUGGAUACAUGUCUUCAAACCCCUCUAUCUCAAUAUAUGCCCGUUCUUUGUUCUACUUUGGCAAUGAUGGUUUUUCUGACGAAGAUGCCUGGACUUGGGUCCACAAAAACUUCAAAUUAGUUCGGGUGCUUAAUUUUGAGAUUCUGCGAAUCCCAGCCAUGCCCAAAAGCUUAGCAAAAUUGAUCCAUUUGAGGUACUUGAGGAUGGAAUUCAGUAAUUCUCUGAGUGUUUUUCCAGAUUGCAUUGGCAACCUUACGAAUCUUGAGACCCUUUACGUAAAGGGCUCUCUUACAGACAGAUCUUGUUUGCCGAACGGGAUAUUUAGGCUAAAACGUUUAAGGAAUCUGUACCUGUCCGAUAGAUUGCCGUUACCUUUCAUCAGAAAAAAAAGAUUGUCGUCACCUUGGGAUUCGAAGGAAGCUCUAGGGAAGCUCGAAGUCCUUUCCAUAGCAUUUCUUCUGUAUGAUCGUCAAAAGAAAAGUUUCCCGGUCGUACUGGGCAAGUUUCCUAAUGUUAGGAAAUUAAAAAUACAAUUUGAGUGGUGUUCAUUUGACUACGUGUGGCAGGCCCCCAAUGUAUUUCCAUGCCUCCGCUAUUUAAAUCAUCUUGAAAUCUUGAGAAUUGAGGAUUGUUGCAUGCUUCCUACCGAUCCGAAUUUAUUUCCAUCGACAAUCACCAAGCUAACCUUAAAGAGUGUUGAGUUAGAAGUCGGCGGCGGCCUGACAAUGCUGGGAAAGCUUCCCCAGCUUCGGAUACUGAAACUAGAAGGUAGAGGUUAUAAGCCAAAUCGUGCCUUAGAAACUCAGCAUGAUAUUAGUAUCCGCGUCAUUGCUGAUUCGUUUCCUCAACUCCACGUCCUCAAAUUGAAUCAAAUGAAAAUUAAAGAAUGGAAACAGGAGACAGGUGCAAUGCCAAGCCUUAUACGUUUGAUUAUCAUCGAGUGCAAUGAAUUGAUUAGCCCACCGGAACUAUGGAGUUUGACCACUUUGCGAGAUGUGAAGGCGAUACGAAGUUCAGGCUGGGCAAGGAUGCUUCGGGAGUUGCAGAAGGAGGUUGGGUUUAAGCUACUGAUCCAACCUCCUAUACCUGACUGACUCAUUGACUUGGUGACAUCAUCCAGAUCGAGAGCCAGCAAUAUCAUGCCGGUAUUUCUCAUUCCCUUUAAUCAGUUAGAUGAUGGAGAACCCGGCCAUGUGUACGUUUUUUUCAUGUACGUGGAGGAUAUAUAUAAUCAAGAUUAUGUUUGAGGAUCGAGUUUGAUCUCGAGUAAAUUAAUGAAGCGCUUGUGGGAUACUGAUGAACCAAAUGUGACCUUGGUAUUUGAUGUUUAUUUGGGCUUUCAUUAUAUAUACGUCUGGAGUUUGAAGAUUUUACUUGGGGGUUGUAAUAUUUAUAUAUUUGACUUGAUGGUCGGUCCUAGACCACCACAUUUGAUGACCAUGUUUGACUUAUGUUAUGCUAUAUAUGUU